ACACUCGUUGCGAGUUGGACGUGCUAGUGACCGCAGUGCCUCAGAGACUGAAGGGUGUCAUAAGUGACUGACUAACAAGGAAAUACGCAUUGUUGACUGAUCUGGGAAAUGUUCGUUUCUGGAGCAUUGCCCUGGGAUGUGCCCACGCCCGCGUUGCCUCCCCUGGGCGGCCUGCUGAGUAUGCUCGAUGGGAAGGAGGGCGUGCGGGCAUCCCUUCUGCUGCCGCCGCCCGUGCCCAGGACCGCCGCCUGCGUCGUGCUGCCGCAGCCCACCCUCAGCCCCACGCUGCCGCUGAGCCCUCGCCACGCCGCGCCCUUCACCAAGGCCUCCGCGUCGCCGCCCGCGAGCGCGCCGCUCAAGUUCGGCGUCGACAGACUGCUGGCCGCCGAGCCCCGCAGAGAUGUAUCAGCGCUCUUACCGCCCUCGCCGGCCCACCUUCUGGCCCCUCACGUGACCUCGCCGGUGACCUGCCCUGCCAUGACGUCAUCCGUGCUGGGCGCUACCACCUGUCCGGUCAUCACCACGGCCCCGAACGCCCCGAGGGAGGCGUGCCCGAGC